UUUGCGUUUUGCUCCCUCCAACUCAGAUGCCAUUCGGUGAUAGCUCUAGGUUUUGCACAGUUCCUGACUUCCUUACACAGGGCCAAAGGCUCGUCUCGUGUGCACAGAAAGGGUUGGAAAAUAUUUUUUGUGAUCUGAGAGCCGCGGAGAGUCUAGGAUUCCAGAGGAAGUGGAAGCCUCCCGCUCCACACAGGAAACAAUCUUCAAGCAGGCCUUAAAUGCCAGAUUCCAGGCCGAGUUUAACUAACCACUGACAGCUCUGUAAACAAAGCAAGGACAAAAAGAGCCCGCUUCCCCUUUUCUGGUAGUCAUUUUGGGUUUGGGGGCUGCUGGGGAAUUCUGGAAUACUUGGCUCCAUGGCACAGAAACGCAGGAGAAGCGGGUUUCUCCGUUGAAGAGCUGGAAAGGGAAGAUAUUUCUGGGAUUAAAACCAUCCAGAAGGAGACUCAGACAUCAUCUGGUCUCCUGAACCCACACCAUGGAUGAUUUUGAACGUCGCAGGGAACUCAGGAGGCAAAAGCGGGAAGAGAUGCGCCUGGAAGCAGAAAGGAUCGCCUACCAGAGGAAUGACGAUGAUGAAGAAGAAGCUGCCAGGGAACGGCGCCGCCGAGCUCGACAGGAAAGGCUGCGGCAGAAGCAAGAAGAAGAAUCCUUGGGGCAGGUGACAGACCAGGUGGAGGUUAAUGCCCAGAACAGUGUGGCCAACGAGGAGGUCAAGUCCACCACCACCAAUGCUCAGGCAGAGGGCGACGAGGAGGCCGCCUUGCAGGAGCGCCUGGCUCGGCGGGAGGAAAGACGCCAGAAACGCCUGCAGGAAGCCCUGGAGCGCCAGAAGGAGUUUGACCCCACAAUAACAGAUGCGAGUUUGUCCCUCCCGAGCAGAAGAACACAAAACAACACAGCAGAAAACGAAACCGCUGAGAAGGAGGAAAAGAGAGACGGUCGCCAAGAAAGAUAUGACAUAGAGGAAACAGAAAUCAUCACCAAGUCCUACCAGAAGAGUGAGUGGAGGGAUGGUGAAGCAAAAAAGAAAGAAGAAAAAGAAAAGGAGCAAGAGGAGGACGAGGAGCCCAGGCAGAGGAGCACUGAGGAAAACCAGGUAGAGGCAGUAGGAGAAGAGAAAACAACAGCCAGCCAGGAGGAAGGUGUGGUAAUGCCAUUGAAAAAUGGGCAGAUCGGUGCCGAAGAGCCACAAACAGAGGAGGAACAGGGACGGGGCUCAGAGGAGAUUGCUGCCGAUGAAAAGGAGGAGGAAGAAAGAGCAAAAGCCGAGGCAGAGAGGGUUAGGUUGGAGGCAGAAGAAAGAGAAAGGAUGAGAGCUGAGCAAGACCGAAAGAUAGCAGAGGAGAAGGCAAGACUAGAAGCCGAAGAGAAAGCGGCAGCCCAGGAGAGAGAAAGAAGGGAGGCGGAGGAGAGGGCCAGGAUUAAGGAGGAGGAGAGGAGGGCAGCAGAGGCCAGGGAGAGGGCAAAGGCAGAGGAAGAAGAGAAAGCUAAGCUAGAAGAGCAAAGACGACAGAAGGAGCUAGCAGAGAAAAGAAGUAAAAUGCAAGAGAAAAAGAUAAAUGGGGAGAAGGUGGAUGAGAAAAUAGAAGGGAGAUGGGUAAAUGAAAACAAAGUACAAGAAGAUAAACCGCAGGCAGCUGUGCAAAAGAAACAGGAAGAAGAAAAAGGGACUAAAGUGCAAGUUAAAAGAGAAAAGUCCCAAGAAGAUAAGCCUGCCUUCAAAAACAAAGAGAUCAAAGAUGAGAAAAUGAAAAAGGACAAGGGGACCAAAGAAGAAGUUAAGAGCUUCCUGGAUGGAAAGAAGGGAUUUACAGAAGUGAAGUCUCAGAAUGGAGAAUUCAUGACUCACAAACUCAAGCACACGGAGAAUACUUUCAGCCGCCCGGGAGGGAAGGCCAGCGAGGCCAAGGAGGCCGAGGAAGCCGGCAAGCGGCUGGAGGAGCUGCGCCGCCGCCGAGGGGAAACCGAGAGCGAAGAAUUCGAGAAACUGAAACAGAAGCAGCAGGAGGCAGCCUUGGAGCUGGAGGAGCUGAAGAAGAAGCGGGAGGAGCGAAGGAAGGUCCUGGAGGAGGAGGAACAGAAGAGAAAGCAGGAGGAAGCGGAGCGAAAAGUCCGAGAGGAGGAAGAGAAGAGAAGGCUAAAGGAAGAGAUUGAAAGGCGAAGAGCAGAAGCUGCUGAGAAACGCCAAAAGAUGCCAGAAGAUAGCUUAUCAGAUGACAAGAAACCAUUCAAAUGUUUCACUCCUAAAGGUUCAUCUCUCAAGAUCGAAGAGCGAGCAGAAUUUUUAAAUAAGUCUGUACAGAAAAGCAGUGGCGUCAAAUCAACUCACCAAGCAGCAGUGGUCUCCAAGAUUGAUAGCCGACUGGAACAAUACACCAGUGCAAUUGAGGGAACAAAAACUUCAAAACCUACGAAGCCAGCAGCCUCAGAUCUUCCUGUCCCUGCUGAGGCCGUGCGCAGCAUCAAGAGCAUGUGGGAGAAAGGUGAUGUGUUUUCAUCUCCCUCCGCAGGCGGCACACCAAACAAGGAAACUGCUGGCUUGAAGGUGGGGGUUUCCAGCCGCAUCAAUGAAUGGCUAACCAAAACCCCAGAUGGAAACAAGUCCCCUGCUCCCAAACCUUCUGAUUUGAGGCCAGGAGACGUAUCUGGCAAGCGAAACCUCUGGGAAAAGCAGUCUGUGGAUAAGGUCACUUCCCCCACUAAGCAGGUUUGAGACAGUUCCAGAAAGAACCCAAAGUAGUGCUCAAGAUGCUGGACCAGCUCAGUUGAAGAGGGCUAAGUUGCUCUGUUUUAUAUUUAUGUUGAUUUACUAAAUUGGGUUCAUUUCCUUUUAUUUUUCAUUAUCCCAGUAAACCCAUGUAUAUUAUCACUAUAUUUAAUAAUCACAGUCUAGAGAUGUUCAUGGUAAAGUACCGCCUUUGCACAGGAGCCUGUUUCUAAAGAAAACCAUGCUGUGAAAUAGAGACUUUUCUACUGAUCAUCGUCACUCUGGGUCUGAACAGUGACAUCCAACACAUCGAAAGUCAACAAAAGGAGGUUCAAUUUGAAAUUUGCCCAAGGAAUUGUGUGCAGUAUCUGGGAAAAUGAGUUGCAGUGGGGUUUUUUUGUUUUUUUUUUUUUGCUUUAAAUAUGGAAGUCAUGUUGUUUCUGCACUUUAGAAUAAAGCAUGGAAGACAUUAUCUUAUUAGGAAAUUGUAACACUUUCUGAAAGUAACCCAUUUCAGAUCUGAGAUACUGCAAUAAUGAUUGUCUUUUAUAAAAAAAUGUACUGUUAAGGUAUUACUUUUUUUCAUUCUGAUGAUUAUCUGAAUUGGAUUAUGAUGUUAGCUGACAGUGGUACUGAUUUCUUUAGGUUGGUUGCUUUGUGGAUUUCUUUGGUAGUAAUAGUAAACCACAAUUUAGAUGACCUGAUUAUGUAUGUAUGUGCAUACACAUAUACAAACACACUAAUGGUAGAAAGCUUUUUUAUGUGCUAGACUAUAAUAUUUAGCAAUAUGUCCUUGUAACUAGCCAAUGAUCACAGCUUCUUAAAAUUAAAAAUCACAGAUAUUACAUAUUUGUCAAUAGAGAGAUGGCAGAAUAGAUAUCAAUAUGUUUUCAAUAUCCAAAAAUCUGUAAGAAAAAAGAGAAUAGAAGUGUCAAGAUGAUUUGGCAUCUCCUAUGAAACACAGUAUUUAGUUUAUAAUUAAAAGCAAUCAUGAAGUUCAUUGUGAAUUUUACUAACCCUACCAGCUGGGUGGGUCAAAACUAAAGUUUACUCAAAACCUUAUGUUUAACAAUGAAGUUCAGAAAAGGUUGGCCUAGAUGUUGUCUGAGAUCUCCUUUAUCUCUAAAAUUUAAAGACAAGAAUUUUAGUGACAAGAUCAUACAGAUUGGGACUCUACGCAUGGGCAAAGAACAACUUUGGCUCAUGUCUGGAAGCAGAGCAGAGAAAUGAGCAAACACCAGUAUUUAUGAGUUGUAAUAGUUCUCCCAUUUUUAAUAUACUGAAAUAUUUUUUAAAUUAAACCUUUUACCUUUACUAGUCAUUGGUACUUAUAAGUUGAUAAUGUGUUAAAAGAUUAAAAAAAAAAGUAACUUUUGCUAGUUUUAAUUUUCCCCCAAGAAUCUUGCUCUAUUCAUUAUUUUUAUAUACACAUCAUUUCUACAUCAGACUUUAUUUUAGCUUAUAAAUGUUUAUCUGUUCUUCACAAUGAAUGAUCGAUGAGUAUUCCAGUGUCUGGGCAACAUCAUCUAGCACAGAGGUAUACAUGUAAUGUGGUUAUAUAAACUUAUACCUCAACUGACUUAACCAAAAUUAUGUUAGGCUCAAUUCCUACCACAAGGAAGUAGCCCCCCAAAUAACUGUUUUUUAAUCUACAGUAUCACCCCCUGGAAAAGCAAGCCAGGGGCAGGGCUGGAGUGGGCAUGACCACUGCCUUCCAAAGUCUGUAUUAUUUAUAAAUAAAUAAAGAGUAGCUGAGUCCUCUAGCUUUUAGCACACCUGGGCCAAAGGAAGGUAAGUCACCAAGACUGCACAAGGCAUCCACCUAUGACAGAGUAGGCAAGAGUCUAUGGUAAGAUGAACAGAAUUCACAUACAAUGCCCAACUCAGCACUGCUCCCAUCAUUGGAGGGAAAUGGUUCUAAGUUUGAAUGAAGGCCUUGGUGACAUUGCCUUGUACUUUUGCAUAAAAGCUUCUCCUGAUCACUAUUUUAUAUUUUUCUAGAAAGUCUAAAGUUGAGAAGAGACUAUAUCGAUCCUGACUUGUAUUCCAGUGUUUGGAUGGACUGAGUUUUAGGGUAGAAUUUUGUUGAGUUUGGAUUUAAUCUUUUGGAUUUAAUCUUUGGAAAAAUAAAUCCCCUGUUUGUUUACUUGUUUGAUUACAAUUCUCUUUGCUAUCUUUAAGAAGUAAAACUGCAAGGUGACUAGCAUGUUCUGUGAAUCUGCCAUUCCUAAAAAUUAACAUUUGAUAUUUUUCACUAAUAAUUGAUUGCUGCAAUAAAUAUAUAUUGUGAAAAUGCAUCCACAAUAAAUGGAAUUCCUCCAAAUGUCAUUGCCUCACUUAUUUUUAUGUACUGUGUUGAUUGUAAGAAUUCUAUCUGUUGGGGCCUCCCUGGUGGUGCAAGGGGUUAAGACACAACAAGUGAAGCUGUCCACAGCCACUGCAGCAUGAGUUCUAUCCCCAGCUGGCCAGGGAGCUACCCACAUGGCACAGCAGACCUCUCCUGACUCGCCCGCUGCUCCUCUCAGCAGUGUAUUUCAAUCUGCCUGUUAUGUUCCUCACUCUGUCUCUGGUGAAUCCUCUCACCCCCUGCACCUCUGGCCUGUACCCCAGUUCUUGUAUGCAUAAAUAAA